UUAGCCAGUCAGCAAACAGCGCAGCAGCAAUAGCGGUACAUUCCGGAGUGAUCGCCAGUGUAGUCGCGUUUGGUGUUUGAAUCGCUUACAAUGCUGGCAUUGCGAGGUUAGGUAAACAAGCAAACGAACCAGCGAACCACAGCGUGUGCAACGGGCGGAAGAUGUUAUCAAAAAUCAUCGCUAGCGCCAAUCCGAAUCGAACGAAAAUGCCAGAAACAAAGCCGGUAGCAAUCCGGGGCCUAAGCAGCGAGAAGGAGAAGUCCACGAACGAGGGCGGCGAGCAGACAAUGGUGCAAUUGGCACCGGCAGCAGCAGCAGCAGCAGCAACAACAACUACACCAACAAUAGCGCCACCAACAUACGGUGCCUACACGAACAAUACUUUACCGCGGGGGCCUUAUCUUCAGUAUAAGUAUAACAGCAACAUUUGUAGUGUUCCGUGCAACCAGGACAAUAACGAACACCAACUACUACCGCACCAGAACCAACAGCACCAACAGCAGCUGCAACCGGAACAUCACCUGCAGCAGGUAGCAGCAACAUCAAACUAUCAUCAUCCGAUACGAGAGCAGCAGCAACAGCAGCAGCAGCAGCAGCAUCAGCAACAACAUCAUCAUCAUUUUCAUCAGCUUCUGCAACACCAGCAACAGUAUCAUCAAAAGCAUCAAACAAAACAACAGCAGCAACAACAGCAGCAGCAACCGCGUCAGCCGUUGCGUAGCAGCGACGUGCUGGAGAUGAUUGCAGGCUCUGAGAUGGACACGACUGCCGGGACUCUCCCUACCACAACGUACCACACUCAUCGCAAGUACCAGCAGCAACAGCAGCAGCACCACCACUACCACCACCAUCAACAACAACACAGGCGGCCACUACUGGUGCCAAUCGACGAUGGGAACGAACGGAACGAGAACAAUCCUACUCAUUCUCGUAAGCACCAACACCAACACCUGCAACAGCAUUACACCCAGCAGCAGCAGCAGCAAGAACAACGUUAUCAACCAGCAUGGCCAGUAGUGAGUGAGAGCGACAGAUGUGCCAGUGAUACAACCACAGUUAUCAACACCUGCCAGCAGCAUGGUGGUGACGCGCAAUCGUCGCACCAAUCGCGCGGAAUGAUGGAACAGCAGCAGCAGCAGCAACAGCAACAGCAACAGCAGCAACAGCAGCAAACCAGUGAUAUGGUCGGCCCGGACCGCAUGCUUCGACCAUCGAACGAUCGACUCGCUUUUCAUCUACCAAACCAACGAUCAACAAUACCCUCGCACCACUAUCAACCAGCACUCCGGUCCGGUGCUUACACCCAGCCGCAACAACAAUCAGCAACACCGAUGACCGCUAAUGGGAGUGCCGUGUCGCUCCGGAACGUGGUGUCACUGAGGCGACCAAACCAGACGGAGGGCUGGGCCCUGCUCUGCCAGUCGGUGCAAGCGCUCCAGGAUCUCUUCCUUGGUGAUGCACCAUCGAUCGCGAAGGUGCGACCACUAAUCACGCCCACGAGUCUGCAGCUCAGCUCACGGGGUCGUGUCGUCUUCAACAUCUUCCCAGCGUGCACGGUACCAGCGUCGUCUAGCGCGACAGGCAGCGUGGCAGAGGACCUACUGCAAUACCUUUCGCCAGAGUAUCACAACUCACGCAGCAAACACCUGCAGUUCAAUGAAUCCGACAUAGAGAAGAUGUGGAUUUACUCACUCGGCAUCACCCUGCAGCGGACAAUAUCGUCCUUCGCCGUCAAUCACCUGGCAAACGGUGAUGGAACAGAACUCGAUGGGAACGAUGGAACAACGACCCAGUGUGAUAUACGGGCAGGGUCUCCGGGUGCUACGGACAGCGGAGAUGAGCUGACACCCCUCGACCAUGUCGUGCUAGCCAUGUGCGAGGCGAACCUGUACCAGCGUGCAAGCCUGAUGUUUUUGCUCGAUAUCAUAUCGGAUUACUGCAAAAACCAUAAUCUACACAAACCCUUCUCGCAUAUGUUAAUCGAUCUUUUCCGCGAAGUGGUUUCGAAUGCAAAGCAUCACUCAACUGAGACAGCCGCUGCCGCAAUCACUAACAAUCCACGACCGCAACAAGAAUACACGAUCAAGCGUUCAAUUGAAUCAAUCGAGGAACCAAAAAGUGAUACAGACUCGGGUAGGUCGUCUGACCACGGAGAGCCUCUAGAGGUCCACCGCAGGAAGGAAUCUUUGAAUGAUAGGCCUUACGGGCCGAUCAUCCAAACAGAUGAUGAUGACCGUGUAGAAACGAGCAAAACGAAUGUUGACUCACUGGCCAGCAGUGGCAGUCUGAAGGUAAAGAGACUGCUACAUACUCAGACAACGACAAUGGUACAGAUCUGUGGCUCUAACGAGCAGCAACAGCGGUUCUCCUCACUGCCUCGAUCAACUGAUCGGGAGUACGAGCUGGCCAGCUCGGAGACGGCGGCUCAGCGGAACUACAACACCAUCGGAUAUGUGAAGAGCGGGCGAGCUAACCGGACAGGCGCCGGCGAUGGAACCAGUGUCAUCGUUCGACGGCGUCAGAACGCAGAGUUGACAGUAGCGGCCCGAAGGCGCAAUGAUCUGCGCCGCAAUACCAUCGAUGUCACGACGGUCGAGGUAAAGAUGGCUGAAGUAGCGACAGCCAAACAGCGGGCCCAAACACAGCAGGACGACCAGCGGCAAAUACAGCCUUUGCUACCAUCUCAUUCAAUCGCUCAGCUACCGAGCCUAUUACCUUCGACACCGAUCGGUGUUCCGCUCGCCAAAGCCGCAUACAAUGCAACCUCCAUGCCCAAUAUUGGUGCACCGUUAGUUGUACCGAUUGUCACGCAGACCAUUGAACACGGCGUAUUGCAGGAUGAGCAGGCCCACAUGGCACGCAUCGAGGAAGAAGCACUCGCUGCCUCUUCGCAAGGACCAGAGUUUAUCCGCAACUCUAGUUCACAGCCGAAAUCACUCGAUAUCACCGAUGCUAAAACACAGCACCGUCGCAUCGUCACAAUCCUCCUGCUAAACGGUACCAAAGUGAAUAUUACCUGUAAUCCAACCACCACCCUUGCGAACCACAUCUUUGACGCUAUCCUUCGACUGGAGCAUCUAGCCGAAAACUUCUUCCUGGGCCUGUGCGCCCUCAUAGGAGGCGAUUUUGUCUUUCUGCCACCCGAUUUGAAGAUCUACAAGGUGGCCCCACAGAUUUGGGUCAACACUUCGAAGAAAGCAAGUUCGCUGGAAUUGGAUAAUGUAGUUUUUAUGUUGUAUAUCCGGAUCAAGUUCUUCCUACCCACGCUACGAGGUGUCAGUUGUAUCGAGUCUCGCCAUCUGUUGUAUCUUCAGCUACGUAAGAGUAUUCUUGAACGGCAAAUCCUGUGCACCGAAGACGAUCUAAUAGCUCUCGGUGGUCUGGCGCUACAGGCUGAAGUAGGCAACUUUCGGGAAAAUAUGAAAUACUCAGAAUAUUUCACCAUCUCACACUACUUGCCGGAGGAGGUGUACCGAAAGAAGAAGGAACUGGCACGUUACUUGCGCAACUCACAUUACUGCAAGCGCGGGUUACAUCAACGCGAGGCCGAACAUAACUUCAUCCGCUACGUGCAGGAGCUGAAAGAAUACGGAUUGCAUCUGUACAGUGCAUCCUGGGCCACCAGUGAUGGGCUCACUCUAGAUGUAUAUGUUACCAUCUCGCUCGCUGGCGUCGCUAUUUUUGAGCGCAACUUACGCUAUCAACCGCGUACCACCACGGACCAUCAGCAGCAAGAGUGCCGGAAUGGCAAGAACAGCUUCCUGCGCCACCUUUAUGCCUUUUUCGAUUGGCUCGAGAUUGAAAAUAUCUGCUUCUCGAAGCACGCAUUCUGCGUAGUCGUGCGACGGAGCGAAUCGCUCGGCUCCAAAAGUGAGAAGAACUUGCUGAAAUAUAAGCUGCGCAUGGAUGGCCGCAAAAGUUUCUUCGCAUUCAACCUUGCAUCAGAGCAUCACAAAUUCUACAUGAAGCUUCGCAACUCCUUCAUCUCGAUCAAGACCCUAUCGAACGAACUAAAUGUGCCGAUUGAGUCCAUCUCAACAUGCAGCAAGCAUGACGACCGGUCGCCAGAAUAUCCCAAUGGCACUAAGAAGCAGGUAGUGUACGAGCUCAGCUGCGAUGAAGGUGGCGUGCCUGGAGCUACAUCAGCCACACUGCAAUCUGGACUUGAUGUGAAAAACAUCGAGAAGAUCGAUAAACCGUUUAAAACGACCGGUUUGCGGGUGCGCAAUCUUAAGAAGUCAAUGCUAAAUGACAAUCGGUUAGCACGUUUACGUCAGCGCUUUUUACUCAAGCGAUCCAAAUCGACCAUCGAAGCUGGCUGUAGCAAGGUUAUCACUAAAACCAGUAGCAAUUCGGCUCUCAAUGUCACGGUUGAGAUUACGAAUCAGCAGAACCAGAAUAAGGAGAACGAGAACCCAUUUCUGGGACGAGCAGGAAGUGGCGGAUCCGGCGGUAGUGUGGACAUUGGAGAAGAAAACCUAAAGGAAGCAACGACACUGCAACCGAAUUCACAAUACGCCUACAGUAUGGGCGAAAUUGCGAGCGAAUCGUCACCGGCAUCGCACCAUAGCAUCAACCGGAACAAGGUGAAAAUGGGUACAAAGGUAUUCUCAGCGCCAUUCCUCAAUAAAUCGUUCGACAACCUGUGUUUCCCGGAAACACCACACGGGGCACAGGUGGCCAUACCUUUGGCCGCUUCCCUCUCCUACCAAAGCUUGGUCAGCCGGCGUGCUAGUAAGGACAACGACGACAACGAAUACGAUGAACACGAGGCGAUGCAUAAGCAACAGCGUUUGAACAACGGAUUGCUGGUAGGGCUAGCGCCGGCAUCAGGGUUACCAAAUCGUGCACUUAUUGAAAGUAACGUGGAUGAUGUGAUAUCCGUCAAAAGCAGCAUGGGAUCGGUUUACUUUACGGAGAAAAUCGACGAUCAGUCAUUGCGGGACACUGCUAAUAGCACACAGAACACACUAUCACCAAAGGCAUGCGUUAUUCAAUCGAGCAUUUGCAGUGAUAGCUGUCAGUUCGAGCUGCCGAUGGUGGACGAAACAGUGUCAGACACGUUGCUAGAGAAGUUCAAUAACAUUAGCAAUUGCAGCAGCGACACGGGCAACGAUCGCAUUCUCGUUACCGUGCUGGUAAUCAAAGAUGCUGUAGUCGAUGAAGGUGACCAGCUGUCAACGACCGCCCUUCGCCGUCCAUUCGUCUCGCACUGUCAGGAAUCAGUGGCCACUCCCCAGCAACAUAACACUGUUUCUAUUCCAAUGAUGUCGACCAGGCUUAAAGUAUUUGCGAACAAUCGGUUUCCAUAUGCGACAGCGCGUAUGGAGCCAAGUACAACAAAAUACACACUCGGGAUCAGUAUCGUGCAGGGAAACGAUAAUAACGUGUACGUCAAGGACCUCGUACCGAACGGACCAGGCGCACGGAGUGGCAUACGGCUAGGUGAUCAGAUCAUCGCGGUGGAUGGAAAAUCUUUGCUCAAUCGCCCAUAUGCCGAAUCGCUGAGCAUCCUGCAGCACACCGGCCGUACAGUGGAGCUUGUACUCUCGCAGAUAUUCAUACGGCAAGCGACCCAGCUACGACCAACAGUUACGAAAUCGAACAGCCUAUACAUAAAGGAUAACAAUCGUUCGCCUAAUACCACCGCCAAGCCCACCACCGGUGGUCAAUCGGAUCUACACUCCAGAACAACAAAUUUACUAACAUCAGCAACUUCAGCACCACCAAAGUACAGUGCGAGCUGUCUCGAUGAGAUCGAUCAUCAUUUUCACAACAUCCGCAAGUACUGCGAGCAACAAGGCAUGAAAGAUGACCAACUCGAUGCACAUGAUCCGAGCAGUGGUGUGCGCUAUGCCAAAACCGUAGUGGACAUUCUGCGCAAUCGUAAUCGGCUGGGCUUAAUGAGCGAGUGUCAGAAAUCGCUGAAACUGCCGGUCGGUCUCAGUCCCUCGAAAAGCAUGCCUGAUUUGCCGAAGCUACUGCAUACUAGCAACAAACCGAACCAUCCGACCAAUCCUACAAGGGAAAAACUAACUGGCUUGCUGCCAACAAAAACUCUUCCGAGCGGUGAUGGAACUGGUCGUUUGUUGGGUACAUCGACUGGACGCAAAUACACCGGACCAAUCCGAUACCCGGUUACACCGGCCAAAGACACCUUCAAAACGGCUGGGCGUGCUCAGCUAUCCCUCUCAAACGCCUCUGAGGACGAGCAAGUGUUCAUCUAAUGCCGUAUCGGUGCGUGCCGUGCCGUUAUAUAGAAAUUAGAAUGUUCACGUGUGCAUCAAUAUCCUUACAACUGCAUGAUUGUACGUUUGCGUUUUCGUAACAUAUAUGUUUUUUUUUUGUAGAAAUAUUGCAUACCAUGGGU